AUGGAGGUCCCACGAUUUCUCAGCGAGAUUUUCCCGCAGGAUCAGACCGAUCUUUCAUGGGUUCCCGAUGGGAUGGAUCCCAAUUCGUCCUACAGGCUUGCUGUGCGUGUCGGUGCUUAUGUGAAAUUGACUGAUGAUGGCAACCGUGUUUAUUGUGAUGCAUGUAAUAUUCCAAAGGUUUUAGAUAGGGAUCACACCAAUUGGAAAGAUUUGGUAGUUGAUAUUGCUACAGAAAUUAAUCUAGGACCUAACAACAAGUUGCGUGUCACAUAUUGGGACAAAAUAAAUCGUAGCUAUGAGGAGGUUAGUUCUGACCAGAAAUUAAUUGAUGCAAUUGACAUGUAUUGGGAGAUAAGAAGGCUUUCAUUGCAAGUCUGUGUUAUGAAAAAGGAUUAUUCAGAUUCUGUGCAUGAAAUUGGGCGGAAGCAAAACAUGCCUUGUGUAUUGCAGGGAAGCACCGAGACCUCAGAUGCCCAGAUUAUUGCAGUACCUUCAUCUGAAACUGCACCAUCCCUUUUGGAGCCUCUAGUUCAGGAAAGUGUUGAAGUAGCUUGGGUGGACGAUGAUGUAGAGUAUGUUGGUCUGGAUGAUGAGUAUCCUUUCAAAACUUUACUUUCUGAUUCUGAAUGUGAUGGGUUGGAUGAUGUUUUAGAGUGUGUUGACUUGGAGGAUGAUGCCGAGUGUGUUGGCUUGGACGAUGAAUUAGUUGUGGAUGAUGCAUUGGGUUGUGAAACAUUUAUACAUGCAACGGAUUUAGAGAACCCGACAAUAGCAGUUGGUGUAACUUUUAGGGAUGGUGAUACUUUUAAGAAAGCAAUUAGGCAAUAUGCAAUUAAGGGUGAAUUCGAAAUUGCAGCUCCCUAUUCUGAGUCAACAAGGUAUAGAGGGUAUUGCAAAGCUGAACGGUGCAAGUGGCGGAUACAUGCUUCACGGUUGCAAGAUGAAAGGACAUGGAAGAUAAAGAAAAUACCUUAUCCACACACUUGUCAAAGCACAGGGAAAGUUGAAAAAAAUAGCAUGGCAAGCAAUCAUUGGGUGAGGGAUAGGAUUCUCGAUUGGCUUGCAAAGGACUCUACAAUUGGAGCUAAAGCACUAAAGACAAGAUUAGAAGAGCAGUAUCACCUGCAGUUGUCAUACUGGGUAGUGUGGGAUGGAAGAAAUAUGGCUUUGGAACAACUCAAAGGAAAGUGGGAUGACAGUUUCGAGCACAUUUUCAGUUUCAAGGCAGAGGUUGAGAAGACAAAUCCUGGGAGUUUGGUGGACAUUGAAUUUGAGCAAGUUGGGAAGAAGAAGAGAUUUACUAGAAUGUUUGUUGCCUUAAGCGCAUGUGUGGAUGGUUUUCUACAUGGUUGUAGGCCUUUUCUUGGUGUGGACUCCACCCACUUGACUGGAAAAUGGAAGGGUCAACUUGCAUCGGCUACUGCUAUUGAUGGGCAUAAUUGGAUGUUUCCUGUGUGUUAUGGGGUAUUUGGAUCAGAGACAACUGAAAAUUGGUCAUGGUUUUUUAGCAGACUUCAUCAAGCUAUUGGCUCACCUCGAGGCCUAGUGAUCUCAACAGAUGCAGGAAAAGGAAUUGAUUCUGCUGUUACUCACAUCUUCAAAAAUGGGGUUGAGCAUAGAGAGUGCAUGAGGCACUUAGUUGCAAACUUUCAGAAGCGGUAUCGAGGUGAAGUCUUUGAGAAGCACUUAUGGCCAGCAUGUAGAGCUUACCAGAUACAUAGAUUUGAAGAGCACUAUAAUUUGAUGUAUGAAGCUUGCCCUGAAGCAAUGAAGUGGAUACAUGAUAACCACAAGCACCUCUGGACAAGGCACUUGUUUUCAGAAGCAAGCAAGUGUGAUUAUGUCACAAAUAACAUAGCUGAGACAUUUAAUAGCUGGAUUAGGAAUGAAAAAUCCUUGCAUGUGGUUGAUCUUAUGGAUAGGAUAAGACAAUUAUGCAUGCAAAAAAUGUUCGUGAGAAGAAAAAUUGCUAUGAAGCUUAAAGAUAAGAUACUGCCUAAUGUCAUGAAGGACCUCUUUGCAAGGAGUCGAGGCUUGAAAUAUAUCUGGAGGUAUUCACACAAAGAAGGUGGUAAAGAAGGUGAGAUGUUAGGUGAAGUUGAAGGUGUUACAAAGAAUCUAGUUCAUUGGAGGCAUACUGUUGAUCUCCAUGAGGGGAAGUGCACCUGUAGGCGUUGGCAAAUCACCGGUCUGCCAUGCACACACGCUUUGUGUAUUAUAACCUCAAUUCGAGGUUAUAAUAUUGAAGACUAUGUUCAUGAAUAUUAUUCUGUGGCAAAGUUCAAGAAAGCCUAUGGAAAAUCUGUAAAGCCAAUGACAGAUAGGAAACAAUGGCCUCAAGUUAACCCAGGGUUCAAGUUGUGGCCUCCAAUUCUCAAAAGGGCAGCAGGGAGACCAAGAGUGAGAAGAUACAAAUCAGUAGCGGAAGGGGGCUUUGGAAAAAGAACCACAAGAUGCAAAAGGUGCAAGCAGCUUGGACACAUGGAAAAAACAUGUAACGAGUAUGUUUAUGAAUCUGAUGCACCACCUCCUGCCCCUCCAAAACCAAAGAGAAAGAGAGGCAAGAAAAAUGUCACAGUAGUGCCAUCUAGUACUGCUGAACCAACACAGCAACAACCAUCAUUUUCUGACCCAUUUGCUACACCAUCUAGAGCAAUCUCCACUGUUUCUACACCAAGUCCAGUGACAAGGAGUAUGUCAAGAAAAAUGCUGGAAUAUGACUUAUCUACACCAACUAGAGCCAUGACACUAGUUUCUACACCAAGCCCUAUCACAAGAAGCCGUAAGAGGAUACUUGAACUUGAAGACACUAUAGAGCCUGUUCAAUGUCUUGCUUUAUCUCCAGUUCCUAUCAACGACAAGGAAAAGCCAAAAAAGCUGAAGGUUGUCAGAUUCAAGAAAACAUAAGCUAUGUAGUGAUAUGUUCAUGUAGU